CUAAUCCCUAUGUCGUCUCGGUUGCUGGUAGGCUAUGUGAUCUGUCCCUAACCCCAUUAUCUAUUUUUGUGCUUCCUUGUGCUGCCAAGCCCCUGACGUAAUGCUUCGUGUUAAUUAUUCGCAUGUGGAAAGCGAUGCCGAGUCUCUCCUCUGGUAAAACAAGAGUAGCCUAACUGUAGGAGGAAAAGUUAGUCAAGAUGGCAAAACACACAGAUGCAGAGUGAAGGGGCACCGCUGCCCACAAUUUUAAAACUUUGUUGCGCCCCGUCUCGCGAUCAACACCACCGAUGCAGACGUGCAUGGAAAUCUAAAUGGGAUCCCUGUGGAAAAUGCCAACAAAAGUAAUGCUGGUGUGACAGCGCAGAGUGCAGGAGGAAAGCCGACUCUCCUGUCUGAAUGUUAACACCCCCUGGUGCAGAUGCACCUAGGAGAGCACCUUGCCACCACUCCCCUCAAGCUGAAACUACAGUACACCUGCUUUUCUAAAAGCCUGGAUGAUGCUACGCCACUUGAACUGAGCACAACAGCUCAAACCCCUCCUGCUCAAAGUACAUAUUUCUGCCCCACUCAACAUCAACAACAAAAACAGACAAAAAGAAGAGCACAUCCAACAUAAGCUUUGACCAAAGUUUAACCACUAGAGCACCAAGUUAACGCAAUUCUCUCGUGACACCAGGAAGGUCACUAACUAGUUUCCCUGUUUGGCCUGGUGCCUGUGCCCCAGACCAUGAUGUUUCGCGACCAGGUGGGCAUCCUGGGAAGCUGGUUUAAGGGGUGGAACGAGUGUGAGCAGACGGUGGCUCUGCUGUCGCUGCUGAAGCGGGUGUCGCAGACCCAGGCCCGUUUCCUGCAGCUGUGUCUGGAGCACAGCCUGGCUGAUUGCACCGAGCUUCACGUGUUGGAGGGAGAGGCCAAUAACCCAGUGGUGAUCAGCCAGUGGCAGGGUGAGCCCAAGGAGCACGUCAUCUCCCUGGUCCUCACCCACCUGCCCCUGCUCAAGCCGGGCAACGUCGAAGCCAAGGGCGAGUACAUGCGCCUCCUGCCCCGCAUCCUGGCACACACCAUCGAGCACGGCCGCCAUCUGGAAGAGUCGCGCCAGCUCCUCUCCUAUGCCCUCAUCCACCCGGCCACCUCACUGGAUGACCGAGCCGCCCUCGCCCUCUGGCUCAAUCACCUGGAGGAACGCGCUGCCGCCCGGGCCGACUCGUUGGAACGGCUGCCCCCCUCCCCAGCCUCGCACCAUCAGACGCCCCCCUCAACGCUCUCCUCGUCGGGUUCCAGUUUGGGUUCCUCUGUGGGCCACCUGGGUCACCUGUAUCCCCACCAGCGCUACGGCUCAGACGAUCGGCUCAACGGCUGGCAGGGGUCGAGGGACUCCGGGUUGGGCAGUGGAUGGCAGCAGCAGGGGCAGGGAGGGUGUGAGAAUGGUGGGCACCUGGCUCUCUACCCGUCCUCGUCGGUACCUGGGAGUAUCAACACGGUGGGCACGGGCGGCAGCAGCAACACCAUCCUGUUUGGCGGCGGCGGCGGGCAGCACAGUCCCCUGAAGCGUUCGGUGUCCCUUACCCCCCCGAUGAGUGACGGCUCCUUGGCCGGUUCCUCCUCCUUGGGUUUAGGUCACGGCUGGCUCUCCCAGGAGGACCUGCGCGGGCCCCGGGGAGGAGGGCUGGGGCUGGCCCCCACCGACCCCCACCACGCACCCCUCUCCCCCCAGAGCAGCGUAGCGUCUUCGGGCAGUGGCGGCAGCGAGCACCUGGAGGACGCAGGUCUAGGAGGAGGAGGUUGCUGUGGAGGAGGCUUGUACCGCAGCAGCACAUUUCAUAAGGAGGGCAGCGGCAUGAGGGAUGUGCCGGCCUGGCUGAAAAGCCUCCGUCUCCAUAAGUACGCGGCUCUGUUCUCCACCAUGACGUACGACGAGAUGAUGUCACUGACCGAACAACAGCUGGAAUCACAGAAUGUCACCAAAGGGGCGCGCCACAAGAUAGUCAUCAGCAUCCAGAAACUAAAGGAGCGCCAGAACAUGCUGCGCUGCCUAGAGAAGGACGUGUUGGAAGGGGGUAACCUGCGCGCACCUCUUGCCGAGCUCCACCAGAUGAUCCUGACGCCCAUCAAAGCGGUGGCCAGCGACAAGUCGUUGCCCUCCUCGACCGCACAGCAACCCCUGUUGAGCCUCGAGGGGAAGAGCAGCGCUGCCCCGGGCUCUCACCUGGCCCCCGGAGGAGGGGAAGGGGAGACGGGGACUACCCUCAUCGCGGAGGGGGACAUCCCCGGCCAGUUCACCCGCGUCAUGGGCAAAGUUUGCACACAGCUCCUGGUGUCCAGGCCAGAUGAAGAGAACAUCAGCUCCUAUAUGCAGCUCAUUGACAAGUGCCUUCUGCACGAGGCGUUCACUGAGACACAGAAGAAGCGGCUGUUGUCAUGGAAACAGCAGGUGCAGAAGCUGUUCCGCUCGUUCCCCAGGAAGAUUCUCCUGGACAUGGCGGGCUACCGGGCGCAGAGGAGCAGCAGCAGUAGCCGGGGCUUCGGCCAGUCCAACUCUCUCCCCACGGCGGGCUGCGUGGGGGGCAGCAGUAGCAUGUCGGCCCGCCGGAGCCUGCGCCAGUUCCAGAUGCCAUCACGGAGCCUGCCCGGCGCCAGGCUUGGCCUGCUGGGCACCGCCGGCCUCCUGGGACCCACGCCACGCAGCGCCAGCAGCACCCCUACCGGUCUCAAGCAGGGACGACAGGGUUUAUGGUUUGCCAACCCCGGGGGCAGUAAUAGCAUGCCCAGCCGAACCCACAGCUCAGUGCAGAGGACCCGCUCCCUGCCUGUCCACACCACGCCACACACCAUGGUCAUGUUUCAGCAGUCUGAUCUCCAAGUGCCAGUGACGGAACCAGACAUCAACAACCGGCUGGAGUCUCUGUGUUUGAGUAUGACAGAGCAUGCCCUGGGAGAUGGAGUCGACCGCACAUCCACCAUCUGAGAUUAGGACCUGAAGGAGACCCGGGGACAUCUGGUCCCACACACUCACCCCACACACACACACACAUACACACACACACCCCACAGCCAAUGGGAGAGGUCAACUGGGGGUGGGUUGCUGGGCUACAAAUCAUGCCACGGCGAGCCAAUCCGCAAAAACUGCUAACAAACGGCUAACGCAGCAGCACAUUGGCAUGUUACCAUCACAACAAAACACGUCUACGCCCCCAGCACACUCAUAAGUACCUGGGCUUCAGUGGUGUAUGAGAAAUGCAGUGCAGACUCCUUUCCCCACCCAGUAUAACUACCCACAACAGUGCUCGAGGAGUGCCCUCUGCUGGGCUGGGGGAGAUAUAGCAGCUCUGGGGGUCAGCAUCGGCCAACAACCGAUUGGCAGACCCUGGGCCCAGUUGAAGGGGGAGUGGAGCAUUACACACGGCCGGUACAGUGAAAAACAUUAAAAACAUUAUUCUAGGGUGGGAAUGCCGAGAGUCAUCUCGGCAUUCAUCUCACUGUUUGGGAGAGUUUUAGGGAGGAUGUUUUUCAAAAUACCCCUAUGCUCUGUAUAGGUGACAGAAAAAAAGCAUUUUUACAUGUAUGUAUUGUUUACAUAAGAUGCUACUAUGGUACUGAAUCAUUUAUACAUUUCAGCUAUGAAUGUUCUCUUAUAUUUUAUUUUUUUAAAUAAUUAUUGGGAAAGUAGUGGCAUACUAGUCGCUUAAUAGACUAACGUCUCACAGUAGCUAUCAUAGUUUACAACCAACUUUAUCAUUGUUUUUUUUGCUUUUUCUUUCUUUCUUUCGCUUACCAGCAGCCAAGCUGUGUGAAAAUGCUAAAAGGAAAGAGGGAUGCAGUGGAAGUGUGUAGAAGGAAAAACAGAGAAAUGAGAAGAGAUGGGAGGAGAGGAAAUGAAAGUGGGGAGACAGGAUGGUCUGUGCCAAGUGAUUUAGAAGGAGAAGAGGAUGUUAGUGGUGGAUCCAUGUCAGAGGCAGGGACUUUGAUUUGAAACAAGAGAGGAAAAUUGUGUAGUAGUAGCGUUGUGGUGAAGUUCUGGGUAAAUGUUAUAGACAGGCCAAUAUAUAUAUAAUCUUUUUUAGAAUUCUUUAAUCUUUGUCCCUGCAGACUAUGCAUUGAAAGUGUAUGCUGUUAAUUUGCUUGGCCUGUCUGGAUGUGGGAGUGAGGUUCCUUUAACAGGUGCACAACGUUGUGUGACCUAUUCUCUAAUUAGGGCUAGUCAGUGUGGGUCAGGAGUAUUUUCAAUGUGUCUCAUUGUGAAAUAGAAUGAGGAUUACAUGUGUGUUUUCAGUCCAGGGUAGGUACUAUAGCGUUGUAUGCUAUAUGCUCUCAUUUUACUAGGAAGUAAGAGAUGGUCAAAGAUGUUCUGAAUCAAGGAGAAAAGACGUACACAGGGGACAGGAGAAUCAGGAAGUAGCUUUGGCGGAUGUAAACGGGAAGGUUGCUGAGGAGGUUUCCUUUCCCUCAAGCAGCAUAGAAACAUCAAUCCAUGAAGGGUUUAAAACUAGUUUAAAUCCCCGAGAUUACUCUCUUUUUAGUACUUAACUCCACUUAGCGGCCAAACGCAGUUAGACAGCCAGGCACUUGGAAUUAGGCUUUUUGUACUUCAAUUUCUUGUUCGUUUUUUUGUCUUAAUAUUUAUCCUUGGUUCAUUGUUGUCUGCAUGACAUGCUAUAAGGGUAGGUUCAUGGUAAAAUAAGCUCUUUAAAGCUGAGUUAGGCUCUGUUAUUAGCCACUGUAUCACUGUCAUACUGUAAGUGGGUGUUUUGUGCAUGGAAGAUCACGCUAAUGUAUUGUGCCUGAAUGGGCAUCCUGAUUUGGUGUGGUGUUUUGUGAGGGUUAUUGCGCAACUUUUUGGGUUAGUUUAUUUUUGAAUUGUUGUCUCUUUUUCUUGUUCUGCACUAGGUGUUGUGAUAUUUCACUACAGCUAAUCCAUCAAUAACAAUGCCAAUAGGUGCAGCAAUAGAAAUGGCAAGUAUGUGCAAUAAACAUUCAUCAGUGGGGAGAGGAAA